CCUGGCACCCAACAGCAGACACACUGAUGUGGAGGAGCAUCAGGCGUCAUCGCUGGGACGGCUUCAGCAUCUGAGUGUGUGUGUUUUCUCUGUGUGUGUGUGCGCACUUUGAUCAGCAUGCAUGGAAUGGCCCAGUCUUAAGAACACUACAAUUUUCAGAACACGUCGUCACUGAAAACUGAGAACUGUUUCUGUAAAAAGUAAAUAAAUACUUCAAGGUUUGCCUUCAGCUCCAGUGUCAAUAUGCUGGCCAUCAUGGAGCGCUGGGAGGCGGUGCCCGACCUUCACACAGUCAACACCGCCAAGUUUCUUCUUCUUAUCAUCGCCAAGGCGGGGCUGGACACGCUGUUUCUCUACUCGUUCAACAAAGCGUGGUCCCGCUCCUUCCUGGGCCUGUGCGGCCUGUCCAUCACCGUCAUGGACUGGGUGAUGGUGCUCGCCAUGGCGAGCGUGUGGUUCUUUGGGGCAGAGAGGCUCUCCGUGUCGCCCUGCUUCCUCCUGGCUCACGCCUCGGCGACGUACGGGGCCCUGCCCCUGCCCGUGAUGUGCCUGGGCAUUCUGGACUACUGUCUGGACGACACCGCCAUCGGCAGACGCAGGCCGAAGUGCAAGCUGCUCAGGAACGCCGUCCUGAUGCUGGUGGUCUGGAUACAGGGUGGCGUUCACUCCGCCGGCUCCGCCAGCUCUGAGCUGAUAGAGUAUCACUACAGCGCACAGGGGAUGUUUCUCCUGUGCACGCUACAGGAGACGCCUGGAAUCACCUUUGUUCUGACGCUGCUCUACAGUGCAGCGUUUCUGGCCAUGUUGCCGUUUCGCUCAAGACUCUUCCAGUGGGUGACAGAGGCUGACAGGCUUUCUGAACAAAGGGAAGCUGAAGAAAACAAGACGAGCGACUUGUUCAUUUUGAAGCCCACGAAGGGUCAAAUGUGCGAGAAGGACUUCGCCCAGAGGCCCGACCGGCCUCGCCCGCCCAUGUGGUUCAGCCUGACACUGGCCUUCGGCGUGACUUGGAUGCCGUAUCUCACCUUGUCUGUGGUCUGCCUGCUCUGCGACCUGACGCUUCCUGGAUACAUAGUUGUGAACAACAUGUGGCUGGAGUGCAUCCACAGCGCCAUGACCGGUGUGGUGUUCUGGGCGAACAGCGAGACGACGGGGCCGUACAGCCACCUGCCAGAAAACACCUGCACCUGGCGCGCUUACUGGCACCUGAGCAGAGGCACGCGUCCACAGCAGCUACCACUAACAUCCACAGAAAAAGAAAAGCCCCUCCUGUGCGUGGCAAAUGAGCAAAGGUGUGGCAUUCGCUCUCUAAACUCUUACACCACAAAGCUACUUGGACCCUUUUUAUUGAAAAACAUUCAUAACUUUAAAUAACAUUCAUGUUAUUUCGACCUUUCUUUUUUUCUUUAAAAUAAAAGUCACUUAUUAGAAAACUGCAACAACAACAAAAAAAAAGUUUUCGCACAAAAAGUUCUAUAACGUGAUUCCAGUAUGUUUUACUGACAGUUUCUAAGCUGUAAGCAUAGUUUGAAGAUUACUGUGACAAUAUCGGUGACUGCAA